AUCCCCGCCCCCCCCAGUCCAGCUCCAGUGCUCCCAGUGUCAGACAUGCGUCCUCUCCCAGCAGCUUCCUCUGAGACGGAGAUGAGCCGAGGCAGCGCCGCCACGUCCUCGACCACCUCCACCUCAUAAGAGCUCACGUCAGCCAAGCGUCACUGUGAUCGUCAAUAUUUGCAUCCAAACAUGGCCUCAGUUCCUCCCGGGAUCCGCCUGCUGGUGUCCUUCGACAGGGACCAGUGGUACAGAGCUCUCACCUUCAUCCUCACCUUCCUGCUCUACACCAGCUUCCACCUCUCCAGGAAACCCAUCAGCAUCGUCAAGAGCGAGCUCCAUAAGAACUGCACAUCCCUCAGUGAGCUCGCCCCCAUCGCCUCCAGCGGCAGCGGCAGCCAUCAGCCUUCCCCGCCGUCUCUCCAUGCAGACAUGGACUGUAGCUGGAAGCCUUUCGAUAAAAGGAACUACAAGCAGCUGUUAGGAGCCAUGGACUACUCCUUCCUCUGUGCCUACGCUGUGGGAAUGUACCUCAGCGGCAUCAUCGGGGAGCGCCUGCCCAUCCGACUGUACCUCACGGUGGGCAUGCUGACCAGCGGCCUGUUCACCUGCCUGUUCGGGCUGGGUUACGUCUACAACAUCCACAGCUUGGGCUUCUACAUAUUUGUCCAGGUGGCCAACGGGUUGGUGCAAACCACUGGCUGGCCCAGUGUAGUGACCUGUAUCAGCAACUGGUUUGGAAAAGGAAGACGCGGACUCAUCAUGGGGUUGUGGAACUCCCACACCUCAGUGGGAAACAUCCUGGGCUCUCUGAUCGCCGGAUACUGGGUCUCCUCCAACUGGGGCCUGUCCUUCAUCGUCCCGGGGCUCAUCAUCGCUUUCAUGGGCGUCAUCUGCUUCCUCUUCCUCAUUGAGCAUCCAAACGACCUGAAAAGCAUACACGCUCCAAACCGUUCUCCCGGCAAGAGCCAGGUUCCCAACAAGAGUCGGAACGGUGUGAACGGACACACUGAGGUUUAUCUGCAGUACAAGGACAACAAAACUCAGGCGUGCUACUAUUACGAGGAUAGUGUUCAAAACAGGAAGAGCUACGACACAGAGCUGCUGCUGCCGAGGGAAAGCGUGUGCGUCCCCGUGCAGCCGGUCGUGGUGGUGAAGAGGGAAUCUGAGCCGUCCCCCAUCAGCUUCAUGGGAGCCCUGCGUAUACCAGGAGUGAUCGAGUUCUCUCUCUGUCUGCUGUUUGCCAAACUGGUGAGCUACACCUUCCUCUUCUGGCUGCCGCUCUACAUCACCAAAGCAGCUCACCUCGACGCCAAGAAAGCCGGAGAUCUCUCCACCCUGUUUGACGUGGGAGGAAUUGUUGGAGGGAUCUUGGCUGGUGUGAUCUCUGAUAAACUGGAGAAGAGAGCGACCACCUGUGCAGUCAUGUUGCUGCUGGCUGCUCCCACACUGUACGGAUUCUCCAUGAUCAGCGAGUUCGGUUUGGGGCCGACCAUCGGUAUGCUGUUAGUGUGCGGAGGCCUCGUCAACGGGCCGUACUCCCUCAUCACCACCGCAGUGUCAGCGGAUCUGGGCACCCACAAGAGCCUGAAAGGCAACGCCAGAGCGCUGUCCACUGUCACUGCCAUCAUCGACGGCACGGGAUCUGUAGGAGCAGCAGUGGGCCCCCUGCUGGCUGGACUGUUGUCUGCAGGCGGCUGGGAUCAGGUCUUUUACAUGCUGAUGACUGCCGACUUCUUAGCUCUGCUGCUUUUGCUACGACUCGUGACAAAGGAGCUGACCUCAAGUAAAUCCCGUCCCAUCUCUGCUGUAGAGUUGAAGGAGCACUGAGCACUUUGACUGUAUGGAAACCACUCGUCCAUAAUAAGCCUGACCCGGACUGUGGCUGCGACUGUAACUGGACUUAAUUAACCUCAUAUUACACACACACAUUGUAACAUACAACAUGUGUGUGUGUGGAGCUACUGCAGCAGAUUUCAGUCUGGAGGAUUCAUCUUUAAACACUCAACUUCCUGGCUUCGUCCUCAAGUUGAGCUCGAUUACUACAAUCCACUGAAAGGACUGUGGGAUGUGUAUAUAUAUAAAGCCUUACUUUCACGUGUAUAUUUGAGCUUAAAGAUAAACUAGUGACAUUAUUUAUGUUGGAUAGAAAUGUUUGAAACAGCAACUUCCAUGACGAAGACAAACAGUUUAUUUCUAAACUGUUUUACCCAACAAUACCAUUUUUAAUUUAUUAUAUCUAAACUCAGUGGUCCAUUGACCCUUCCUAAGCCCCGCCCCCUUUUUGCUCUGUGCUCCAAUCACAGUUGAGUAAUCCUCGGUCAUCCUUUCCUGUACUUAC